CUUUUUUGUUUUGGAGAGAACCAUCUAUCGCCCAAACGAAGCUACCAACGUCCCAGCGCAGAGAACACACCUACCUACCUCCCCUCCCUUCGUCUCUCUCACACACAUACAUCCCGCCGAAGGAAGAAAACAACAAGAUGCGCGGGAAGAGGUCGAAGCAGUAUAAGAAGCUCAUGCAGCAGUAUGGGCUUGCUUUUGGAUUCAGAGAGCCGUACCAGGUGCUACUGGACGCAGAUAUCAUUCGCGACGCGGAUAAGUUCAAAAUGGACCUCAUUGGCGGAUUAGAGCGCACACUACACGGACAGGUCAAACCCAUGAUAACCCAAUGCUCCAUGCGGCACCUCUACAACGCCGCCAAAGAACCCGGCGUCUCCUUCCUCAUCGACAAAGCCAAGCUCUUCGAGCGCCGGCGCUGCGGCCACCUCCCCGCCGACUACCCCGAGCCCCUCUCCGCCGAAUCCUGCAUCUCCUCCGUGGUCGACGCCAAGGGCUCCGGCCGCAACAAGCACUGCUACGUCGUCGCGAGCCAGGACGUCGAGGUGCGGCGGCGGAUGCGCGCGGUGCUGGGCGUGCCGCUCGUGUAUAUUAAUCGCAGUGUGAUGAUUAUGGAGCCGAUGGCGGAGGCGAGCGGGAGUCAGAGGGAUAGGGAGGAGAAGGGGAAGUUUAGGGAUGGGCUUAGGGGGAGGGCGAGUGGGAGUGUGGGGAUGAAGAGGAAGAGGGAGGAUGGGGAGGAGGGUGUGGGGGAGGUGAAGAAGAAGAAGGUUUAUGGGCAGCCGAAGGGGCCGAAUCCGUUGAGUGUUAAGAAGGCGAAGAAGGAGGGGGAGGGGGUGGUGAGGAAGGUUAGGGCGCCGAGGGAGAGGAGUGAGAAGAGCGAGAAGAGCGAAAAGAGCGAAGAGGGUGGGGCCGAUGGGGAAGCAGCGGAGGGGGAGGUGAAGAAGAAGACGAGGAGGAAGAGGAAAGCUGGUGCUGGUGCUGGUGCUGGUGCUGGUGCUGGUGCUGGUGCUGGUGCUGGUGCUGGGGAGGGGGAAGGUGGUGCGCCUGUUGCUGCGGAGGCUGCGGAUGCAGGGGAAGGCAUGGAAGCUUGAGAAUAUGCGGGAAGCUGCUGCUGUAGAGAAUACGUCACGAACAAAAGAAUAAACGAUACCCUCAAACCACCGGACGUCAUGAGCGCCAUUGACGUCUUUCGCACAAGAUGAUCAAAGAAACUGAAUGAAGCCCCUCUUUCACAGUAUUUCCA